AUGUCCAACUUUGAACUGAUCUACUUCAACGCUCGUGGCAGGGCUGAAGUCAGCCGGCUUUGCUUCCACCACGCUGGCAUCACAUUCACUGAUACUCGAAUGACUAAAGAGGAGUGGGCUGAAAAGAAAAGCGAUACUUCUAGUAGGUUUUUUUAUUUUUUAAAAAUUUUUUUGAUAUUUGGCAAAACUAAAUUUUUUUUUUUGCUUUUUUUUAUUGGGCAGGGUAAAAAAAAUUAAAUUUAUUUUUUUCUAUUAGGCAGGGUAAAACAUUUUUUUUUAUUUAUUAGUAGGGGAAGUUAGGGUAGGGUAGGGUGGGUAGGGUAGGGUAGGGUAGGGUAGGGUAGGGUAGGGUAGGGUAGGGUAGGGUAUUGAAUGCUUCUUUAAACUAACUUUUAUAGGAUUCCCAUACAAUCAAGUGCCAGUACUUUUCAUCGAUGGAAAGCCGUUGACUGAAAGUCAUUCUAUCAACCGUUAUGUGGCUAAUCUAACCAAAUUGGCCGGUAAAGAUGAGUUAGAAGCCGCUUUUGUUGAUCAGGCUUAUGAGAAGGUUCGAAACAUGAUCGAGACUAUUGAACCAUUCUACUUGGUACCAUUAGGCUUUGCUACUGGAGAUUACGUAAGUUUUUAAAAAAUGGCAAGAACUUUCUUUACAAGAGACAAAAUGGCAAGAACUUUCUUUACAAAACAAAAAAUGGCAAGAACUUUCUUUACAGUUUUCAAUAUGCAAAUUUUUGUAGUAUAUGUCAAUUUAAAAUGAAAUUAUGUCACUUUAGGACCAACUAUACAAGGACGUUUUCGUACCCGGAGUUCAGAAGCAUUUUCCUCAAAUCAUCGGCCUUCUGAAGCCAAGUGGCUUCUUUGGAGAAAACGGCCCAACUUAUGCCGAUUUCUACCUGGCUGGCUACAUUGAAUCCUUUUUGAAGCACGGAUUCCCUGAGGUCAACAAAUUCCCACCAAUCAUCAAACACUUGACCGAUGUGAAGAAUGUGCCACAACUUCAGAAGUACUUGAGUACACGUCCUGAUACAAAGGGAUAA